AGGCACAAAGCACUUGACUUCAGAUGAUGUAGGAACCUUUCCUCUUUUUUUUUAUUCUCUGUAUACCACUCUUCGAGAUGGAGCAUAUUUCGAGUGGGCAUCGAUAUAAGGAGUACAAGCCACGAAGAAGUAGCGGCUCUCCAACCAAACUACUUGUUGGGAAGGAUGUACUUAAAGAAUUGGAGCAAAGGAGGUCAUCCCCCAGUGUGAUCGCAAAGCUCAUGGGAAUUGACGUAUUGCCACCUACUUAUGUAGCCCAUAAUCGGCAUCAAGAAUUCAAGGAUGUUUUUGAGGUCUCAGAGGAGCUACCGGAGACCUUCACAAAAGAGAGGUCACAUCAUUUCCCUAAAGGGCUGCCAAGCUUGAAGCGGAGCGCGAUGAAGUUGAAAAAACUCAUGCCAUCAAAGUCUCCCUAUGGUGAUGAAAUAUUUGACAAUGAUGCGGACUACAGAAAUGGCUUGGAUCGCCUGAACUCACUUGAAAUAGACAAUCCUUUGUUUGAGAAGCGCCCCCAUGAUGCGAAUUACUACCCAAGCCGUCGGCAUGAGAAAGAUACUGCAUCCAGUUUCAGGAAGUAUCCUGUCGGUUUAGCUAAUUCAUCGCUUAGAGAUAUCAAAAAUUCACCGAGAGGGGGUUACAGGGGUUUCAAUGACAUUGUCGUUUUGGAGCCUGGCUCGGGAAACAGCAAUGAUCCAGAGAACUCUUUUCCCAUGCCGUUCCUCUCUCAUGUCAACAGGAAUUCCAGGAGAGAUAGGAAAAAGAAGCAGGCUGAGUCUGUUGUGAUGAGCAAAGGCAGAGUUUCACAACAUCUUUUGGACACUGAAGAUCUUAAUGCUGCUAGAAUGAAAGGAGAAAGAUACUUGACUAGUGAUGCCAACAAUUCACUGUCAACAAGACAGGAGGCAUCGCUUGAUCAAUUCAACAUGGUAGUAGAUAUGAAUAACAGUGGAACAUCUCAGGGGUAUGCUAGCAGUGACAUUAAUUCCAGGCAAAACAAGAAGUCAUCACCAAAUAGCUUGCACUGGAAAAUCUUCCGGAAGUAUGAGGAAGGUGAUGUUGGUUCAAAAACUCUUGCACAGAUGUUUGCUUUAUCUGAUUCAGAGAGAGUAAAGAGAAAUUCAGACUCGCGUGCUCAGAUCCAACACAAUAGACUUGACCGGGGCAAAGGUCACAGCAAGGAAGGAUGCUUUAUAGUUUUACCAAAGCAUGCACCUCCAUCAUCUCUUCACAGCUCAUUGGACAGGAGAUCGCCCUCCGAAGGCUCUCCUGACAGUGAAAAUUUCCCAAAUCCUUCAGUUAGUUAUGACAAUGGCAAGUUCCAUUUUGAUUCUUUUCUGCCUAAACCAAGGCUCAAGCAGAUUGCCGGUGAGAGGCAAGCCUUGGAGCAGCGCAGACCUGCUUCUCCUUCUCUUGAUGAUUCCAGAUCGCAUUCGUGGCGCCUAGCUGAUAACGCUUCAACUUCUGACUGCAUAAAUGAGAAAGUAUUGUUCACGACAGACGAGGGCUUAAUCCAAGAGUCUGCUAAAACAUCUCCUUCUGUGUUUCAGUUGCAAUUCUCUCGGGAACAGAAGGCUUCAUCAUCGCUUUUGCAGUGUGGUGACUAUGAAUCCAUAUCUAUUUCUAAUCAUGCUGUUCUGCCGAAGUCUCGUAAAAGCAUGGAAGAUUUUGAGCAACCUAGCCCAGUUUCCAUUCUUGAGCCCCCAACUGAUGAAGAUGGUUGUUCUUCUGGAUUUUUCAAGAAUGAUUUGCAAGACAUGCCCAAUGUCGAGAAACAAAUAGACCAUUGUCGACUCCGAGAUGAACCUGAGGUCUCCAUGUCAAGUGAUGAUGACAAUGAUUCUUCUUACCAAUCUUUGGAAGCAUUUCAGGUUGAGGAGGACAGGGAUUUCUCAUAUCUGCUUGACAUACUUAUAUGCUCUGGUAUGAUAGUAGCUGACUGGCAGCUCUUGUGCAACUCAUGGCACUCACCUGGUUUCCCUGUUGGCCCUCAAGUCUUUGAGAGGCUUGAGAGGAAGUACAACAAGAUUACUUCAUGGUCAAAGUCAGAAAGAAAACUUUUGUUUGAUCUUGCGAAUUCUGUUCUUUCCGAUGUCCUUGCACCUUGCACCAAUAUACACCCAUGGGUGGAUUCUAUUAGACGUUGCCAGCCUAUCUGGGGCCCUGAAGGGCCUGUUGAGAAGGUUUGGCAGAUGAUGGCUAGGCAGCAAGAGGAUCUGGCCAUAGGGCAUCCUGAUGACAAGGUUUUGGACUCAAACUGGCUGGAAGUUGGUGAUGACACAUAUAUGGUCGGAAAGCAGAUAUCCAUGAUCUUAUAUGGUGACCUCUUGGAAGAAGUCAUAUUGGAAUUCCUCUCACGCACGGUCGUUGCAGUUAGAUGACAUUGAGAAAAUUCAAAGAAUCGAUUCUAUCGUAACAGAGUACAAUGAGUACCUAAAAAAACAGAGUACAGUGAGGAGCCAAGUUUCUCCUGCACAAUCUUAAGCGUAUAUUCUGUAACUGCUGCGUAUAGAAUAUGUUGUUACAAACUGAAGAGCAAAUAGUGCAUGAUAUACUGGCCAAAUGUCCUGUCCAUUCAGGGGCGUGUGUAGUAACUAAAGAUGUAUGUCCAAUCAAUACUUUGACGUAUGUAGAGAUGUUAGCUUCCAUCAUUCCAUGAUAUCUUUGCUUGUUACUUUAUCUAGAUUUCAAAUUGUACGGAUUUUGUUUAGGAUACAGUAGUUUUUAGUAAAGUAUUUUCGACGUUCCAAAUUAAGUGCUUUGUAUAAUGUGAGAAGUGACGCAGCUUUGUCUUGA